AUGUCGCAUUUUAAUACCAGGGAGUUAGAUCCCUUGAUCGAUCAAUUCCAGCACCUCAGGGACAAGAGGCGCGGAGGCGAGGCCCUCCAUAUCUUAAGAAAGGUCGCUUCCAUAGUGAAACCCAUAAUGCGCCAGCGUAGCUGGCGUGUAGGAACACUGGCAGAGUUCUUCCCGCCUGAAUCCAAUCUACUUGGCCUAAACACAAACCAUGGCGAUCGCAUCGACCUCAGGCUACGCUACGCUGGAGACGAAAAUCAAUUCCUGCCAAUGGAGGAGAUAAUCGACACUAUGCUUCACGAACUAUGCCAUAUCGUCCAUGGUCCCCACAACGACCACUUCUAUGCGCUGUGGGCCAAACUCCAGGACGAGCACAAGGCACUCACCGCAAAAGGAUAUACGGGCGAAGGGUUCCUUGGGAAGGGCGACAGGCUGGGUGGACAACGCUUGCCGAUGCAUGAAAUGAGACGCAGAGCUCGUGUUGCUGCGCAGGAGCGUGCCGAUCGGACGAGGAACAGCGGGUCGGUACUUGGUGGGAAGGGUAUUCUGCGUGGGCAAAGUGCCAGAGACGUUAUAGCAGCUGCAGCUGAGAAGAGGGCUAAAUCCGAACGCGGAUGCGCCAAUGGCACCGAAGAAGGGAGAAAGCUCGCUGAAGGGAAAGCGCCCAAAGGUGGGCAGGUCACCACCACGAAAGCGGAUCAAGAAGAUGAGAACGAAGCCGCCUGGAUACAAGCGAUGAUUGAACUGGUGCGGGAAGACGAGGCCCAGAUGUUCAAUCAAGACCACCUUCGCCCUGACACUUCACUCACGGCCGGCCUCGACGCGGCCUCAAUCAGAGAAGAGCAGGCCAGGAUCGAGCGAAGUAUCAAGCAACAAUCACGGCCAGCCAAACGCCCUCCGACUAGGCCACCGCCAGAGACCUGGACGUGCGAGGUAUGCACACUCAUCAACCCAAUCGACGAUCUCAGGUGCGGAGCAUGUGAGAUAGAACGACCUCCAGACUCCUUUCCACCUCCGAGACGAGCACGAAACAAAUCCCCUUCCUCAGCCACCAGCACCAGCACCAGCACCAUCAAAAAAUCCACACCGACAGCUCUCCAACCACGCCUGAACGCCUACGACUCGAUCGCGCGGAUAGAAUCCCAAGCGGCGAGGAUGAAUGUAGCGAAGCCGAUGGGGUGGACAUGCCAUAGCUGCGGGAACUGGAUGGAGGAGAUGUGGUGGACGUGUUCAACCUGCGGCAUGAUGAAGGCGAGUUCUUGA